CCAAGAUGGCGGCUGUGACGAAAGUACAUGUGCCGAGAUCUGAAUACGGCGAGCCUCGGUGUGUGGAAAGCAAUGACCAAGAGGAGUCUGAAGGUCUGAGUGGUGAUGGGUUGGGUCAUGAUACAAGUGAUGAAGGAGAAGAUGACAGAGAUGUUGAAGGAUGGAGUGAUGGAGAGCAUGAAGGAGGAAAUGAGAGCAAAGCCAAUGCUGGCUGGGCCGAAGCCAUGGCCAAGAUUCUGGGCAAGAAACCUUCAGCGAGCAAAGCUACCAUCCUACUACAAAACAAAGAGCUGAACAAGCUGAAGGACAAAGAAAGACAGGAGCAGCUGGACAGAAAGAAACAGAUGAACAGGAAGCGUGCGUGGGAGAUGAUGUGCAGGGAGAAACCUGAUGUGGUGAAUGACCGUGAGACUGAAAGGUCUCUGCAGAAAAUUGCUACCAGAGGAGUGGUCCAGCUUUUCAAUGCCGUCAAGAAGCAUCAAAAAAUGGUGAAUGACAAGGUCAAGGAGGUCAGUGGCUCAGAAAGAAAGAAGGCCAGGAUUCUGUCUUCUGUCUCAAAGAAAGACUUCAUUGAUGUCCUCAGGAAGACAGAAGGAGGGAGCGGAGUCACCAUCAAAACUGAAAAGAGCACUUGUGUGCAGGCGCAUGAGGAGGCCUCAUGGAGUGUGCUCAGAGAAGACUUCAUGAUGGGCGCUGCCAUGAAGGACUGGGACAAAGUCAGUGACGGCGGCAUGCAGGAGUCUGCUUCAGACUGACACCACCCUCACCGGCAGUGAGCCGCGCCCAUCUCAGGCCUGGACCAAACACUGCCGUGGUUCUGGAUCGCAUGAUGAUGCUUGUUAAAGUGAUGAAUGGGUAUAUGAACAUGCUGCUGGAGAAGUCUGGUCAGGGAGUCUAUUUGGCUUUUGUGAACUGCCACACGGGUUUAACUGGGCGGAUUCUCUUUUGGAGGAGAGCUUCCAUAAAAACUGAGCGUUCGAUGGAUCAAGUUGGUUUGUGAUGAUUGUAUUAGGAAAUAGCACCACAGCCAGGCCACAUGCAAACAUCUCAGCCAUGACUUCCAGAAGACUGGAAGUCCAAGCAGUGUCCUCCAGUGCUGGUACCUGAAGUACCAGAACCUGCAGUUCCACCACUGGCCACUUGAGGCUAACUCCAAAGGCUAGUCUCGUCCCAGCUGGAUCACAGAAAUAAUCAUGUUUACAGCCUGGCACCAAAAAAAAAAAAGGUUUUGGUUUCUAUAGCUCAUUUCCCAUCUUUAAAGGAUUUAAAGUUUUUUGUUUGUUUGUUUGUUUUUUGUAUUAUUAUUUUUAUUAUUGUUGUUAUUAUAGCUACUUAUUAGUUUAAGCCAAAAACCUAUGCAAAAUUUGGCCCAUGUUCAGUUUGAGUGACAGCAGGCCCACAGAGUACAGUUUGCUGCAUUUUUGAUGUACGUCUUUGUUUUAUUUUAAAUCAGUGAACAUUUGAUACAUUUGGAGAUGAUCUUGUAAUUCAUCACUUCAUCCUCUUGUGCUUGUUUUUUUUUUUCAAUUUUGUGAGUUAGAAAAUGAUUCCAUAUGUAGUUUUUGAGUUCUCUGGGAUGGACACACUCACUCACUCACUCCCCCACUCUGCGAUGGCUCCACUGGUAUCAGCAGAGGGAGUUUACAAUGAUGCUCUUUUUUUUGUUUUUGUUUUUCAUACAAGGAAAAAAUGUGCGAUAUGAUCUGAAUGAGGUCACAGCAUGUUGUCAAACCCGAGAACAUCUGGGCUCUGUUCCAGAAAGCAAGCUCAGAAAAGCUGCGCUUAAUGUGAAAACACCUGACUUGAAUAAACCCAACAAAUGAGA